AUGGAGGCGGAGAGGUCCCACGGGGACUUAGGGUUUGGUCCGGUGAGGUCGGGCGGCCAGGAGCAUGAGGGGAGGGUGGAGGGCAUCUGGUCGAGGAAGUUGUCGGGAGACGGCGUCGCUGGAUCGAACAUAAAACGACGCCGUUUUGAUUUAAAAAAAAAAAAAACACGCCUGGUUCUCCUUACCUUUUCCCCUUCUCGUUCUCGUUCAAAAUACAAACCAGUGGGAGGGGCUCCCACCACAACCUCAGUUCCUCCCCCAUCGCCAACAACCGCCACCUGCCACCACCGGCUCCUACCACAACCCCAGCUGCUCCCCCAUCGCCGGCAACCGCCACCAGAACCGGCUUCUGGCACCCCGACGCUGUCCCGGACAAAGGUUAUGGUUGGAAGAUUGGGAGGGCAAGGCAGCUUGAUUACAUAUGGCUGCGAACUUAAAAGCAAAAGAACGGGAGAGCUUACAAGAUUUAUGGGCUAGAACUAUGGGACCAAUAGCUUUGCAAAGACUAGUGGAGACUCGAAAAGGCAGUGAAAGAGAUUGAAGCUAUUCAAGUGAAUCGAAGGCCAAGAAAAAUGAUCAAUUUGUUGUAGUUUGGAAUAUUACUAUGUACUAAGCUUUGUAAUAUCAAGUUGUAGUAUUGCAAAACCUAACUUCGUAUGUAAUUGAUAAUUGUGAUGAGAAUGGCCCGGCGUGGGUUUGAAAUUUAUUGUAUUAUGGUUUUCGUUGUGAAAUGAUAAUUUGGCAAUAGAUUUUGGCUAUGAA